AUGUGUAAUGAUGGUAAACAAAAUUCUACUGCUGAAGGCUACUUCAUCUUGCUGGGCUUUUCCAGGUGGCCACAUCUGGAAGUCGCUCUCUUUGGGGUGAUCUUGGUCUUGUACUUGGUGACACUGAUGGGAAACCUGUUCAUCAUCAUCCUAUCACACCUGGAUUCCCGUCUCCACACUCCCAUGUACUUCUUUCUUUCUAACCUCUCCUUCUUGGAUCUCUGCUACACCACCAGCUCCAUCCCCCAGUUGCUGAUUAACCUCUGGGGUCCGGAGAAGACCAUCUCCUAUGCUGGAUGCAUGAUUCAACUUUACUUUGUCCUUGCCCUGGGAACUACAGAGUGUGUCCUGUUAGUGGUGAUGUCCUAUGACCGUUAUGCAGCUGUCUGCAAACCUCUGCACUACACUGUACUCAUGCACCCUCGUUUGUGCCACCUAUUGGCUAUGACCUCUUGGGUCAGUGGCUUCACUAUUUCAGCACUUCAUUCUUCCUUUACCUUCUGGGUACCCCUGUGUGAACAUCGCCAAGUGGACCACUUCUUCUGUGAAGUCCCGGCACUCCUUAGAUUAUCUUGUGUUGACACUCGUGCAAAUGAGCUGACUCUCAUGGUCAUGAGCUCCAUUUUCGUUGUCAUCCCACUUAUUCUCAUCCUGAGUUCCUAUGGUGCCAUUGCUCGGGUAGUGCUGAAGAUGCGAUCUUCUACCUCUGGACUUCAGAAGGUGUUUGGGACUUGUGGAGCCCAUCUUCUGGUUGUUUCCCUCUUCUUCAUUCCUGUAAUGUGCAUUUACCUGCAGUUUCCAACAGAAAAUUCUCAAGAGCAAGACAAAUUCAUUGCCCUCUUUUAUACAGUGGUCACACCCAGCCUCAAUCCUCUUAUCUACACCCUCAGAAACAAAGAUGUAAGAGGGGCAGUGAGGAGACUGAUGAGGUGGGAAUAG